UCCCGUAUCAAAUGAAUAUUUAAAUCAUCUGUAAUUUGUUGCACAUCUUCAUUGCAAAAUCACUCAAGAUAACAAGUAGAAUAUUUAUAUAAUUAUAGAUAAUGAUUGCGAUAUAAUUUAUCGCUUGCCGCAACCAGCUCGACUUGUCAGUAGUUUAAAUUAAAAUUUUUAAAUCGCGCAUUGAUUCAACUUAUUUAAAACUCGAGUAUUUAUUUGGUGGAAAAAAUGGCUAGGUGGUUGGUGAUCGGGGUUGGAGGCGCAACUUGUAGUGGCAAGACCACGCUAUCAAAAAAACUAAAUGAAGUUUUAAAAAACAGCCGGUUGAUUAAUCAAGACUCGUAUUUUUUUCCUGAAGACGAUCCGAGGCACACUCACAUUCCAGAAUUGAAUCAUCACAAUUGGGACAUUCUUACGAGUUUGGAUAUGAAUCGCAUGUAUAGAGAUGUAAUGAAAGUUGUGUCUGGUACCAAUGUAGCUGCUAAAUUAAACGAACCUGAUAGUAAACCAUCAGCUAGUAGUUGUAAUAAAAACGAAAUAAAAAAUUUAGAUACCCGCAUUCUUAUCAUCGACGGAUUCUUAAUAUUUAACUAUAAACCUAUCGCUGACUUGUGUAAUCUUAAGUAUUUCUUAACAAUAACGAAACAACUGUGUUGGGAGAGACGUCGGCAUCGUGUCUACAAUCCGCCUGAUGUUCCAGGAUACUUCGAUAAAGUCAUCUGGCCUGAAUACGAAAAAUACCUCAAGGAAAUAGAGAAAGACAAGAAACUGUUUAGUGAAAUAAAUUUCAUUGACGGGACAACGAGUAAGGAAAAGAUUCUCCAGCGAGUUCUCGAUGACAUUUCGAAAAUAAUGUGAUUGUUUAUUUAAAAUAAAAUUUAAUAAGUAUA